CCCUAGCCUCCUUCAUUACACCCACUAAACCCUCCUACCUCACUCUCACCACCACUAGCGCUAGCCAGCUUAAACAGCCGGGAGCAAUGGCGUCCAGGACCUUCUCGGCGGCCUGCCUGCUGGCGCUGCUGGUGGCCAACACGUUCCUUGCCGGCGAUGCCUGCAACAGCUGCCAGCACCAGACCCCGCCGCCGGCCACCCCGUCCCCGCCCCCGCCAUCGCCGUGCCCACCGCCGCCAUCGGGCGGUGGCGGCACUGGCAAGUCGUGCCCCACGGACACUCUGAAGCUGGGCGCCUGCGCCAACGUGUUGGGCCUGGUGAGCGUCGGCGUCGGCAAGCCCCCCAGUGGCGGCGGCGACAAGUGCUGCAGCCUCCUCGGUGGCCUGGCCGACCUCGAGGCCGCCGUGUGCCUCUGCACCGCGCUCAAGGCCAACGUCCUCGGCAUCGUCCUCAACAUCCCCGUCAAGCUCAGCCUCCUCCUCAACUACUGCGGCAAGACCGCCCCCAAGGGCUUCCAGUGCGCUUAAAUCCACCUGCCGCUCAACCAAAGCAAGGCAUGCAUGCAUGCAUCGCCGGUGCAUGCGUCCAUGCAUGUAUGUCGUUAUCUUCUUUAGUCGUUCAUUCCAAAUUUGAUUUCAUCAUGCAAUCGGUCGGUUGUUAAGUAGUUUUUCGUUCGUGCGUGCGUGUGUUCAUUUAUAUGCACUGGUUAAUGGUGACAUUAAUUUGUCUUAGUUUGGCUGUGUACUACGUACAAGAGAUACAUACGAUUGGGUGCGUGUGUGUGCUUCAACAGUAAUUUGAUUGAGCAUGUGUAACACUUGUAUUUGUUUGAUGAAAUGUAAUUUGCAGAAUAUUCAUUCAUUAGUCGUA